UGGCAGGAUGUGGAGAGUCACCGAGCAUGAAACCAAAAGAAAGUAGCCGUUCUCAGCGGCUGUCAUGUUUUUUUUCGUGUGUUUGGCCAGUGUACGUCGUGCUUUAUUUUGUUAUUAAUUGUGCUUCUAUACUCCCAAAAUGUAUGCGUUUUUCGUUCGGUGGUAACGAAGUAAGCCCUAUGAACUCUUUUAAGUUAAAGUACUAGGGCCUUUCGAAAGUAUCGUCAGUUCAAUGAGAUGUCAUUACUGAAUAAAUGGUGGUACACAGAAUAUGCUGAAGAGAUUGUUGGCACUUUGCAAGAAAAAGAGAAACAAAGGAUUCCAUUUUUGCAACAGUCACCUCAAUUAAAAUAUCGACAUGUUCUGGUGACCUGGAUGCGUGCAGUUGCAGAAGAGCUUAAUUUAAGCAAUACUUCAGUCCAUCUUGCUGUGUAUCUACUUGACAUUUUCAUGGACAAUCAUAGGAUUGUUGAAGAACGCCUGGGUCUGGUGGCUCUUGUGUGUAUUUUGUUGGCAGCAAAAUUUGAGGAACGAGAUGCAAAUGUACCAAAAAUAUCAGAGCUGAAUUCACGUGUGGGCAACCAGUACCCAAUAACGGAUUUCAUCUCUCUUGAGUUCAUGAUAAUGCAGUUUCUGCACUGGAGUCUGGUCCUCCCAACUGCUGCACAUUUUGCUGAAUAUUACACCGUUUUUGCAACUUCUUCAUCUGACAUGUGCAGUGUACCAUCUCAAUUCAGAACCUUCAAGGAGUUGCGAAAUGCUGUUCAGCACAAUGUACGAGACUUCCUGGACUUGUCACUGCAAGAGGUAUGUCUGAUUCCAGUGAAGCCCUCAUUAGUGGCAGCAGCGUGCAUUGCUGCAGCUAGGCAAACCCUGCAACUGUCCUCAAAAUGGACAAGCAUUCUGCAGAAUGUGACAAAGUACCAAUUUAUGGAUCUGCUGCCUUGUGUUUCUGUACUAAUCAGUAAAAAUGGCAAGAUGACAAACACUGCCAAAAAGAGAAAAUUGACUGAAUCACCAGACCAUGGCUAUGCAACAGAGGACAGCAUGUCCAAGAGCCCAGAAGUUUCAAGUGGUAAAUGGAGCUCUGCUUACAAGAGGAAUUGUACUUAACAUGAUGCAAGUAACUUGCAGUUCCUGUCAGUUUAUAGUACAAUCUUCAUGCUCAGGUUGAAGACAUUAGUCAUAAGGAGAGAUGAAGUGUGGUAACAAAUAAUUUCAGUCAGGGAUUCUCAUAUCUUUCCUUUGGAUCUGUGAUAACAUCAUUUUAUGUUUAGAGAUCAUUGAUGUUAAAUGACCUAUAGGAUGGGAAAGAGAUGUAUUUACCAGUUUAUUGCAGCAUUAUAGAAACCCUCAUUUGUUUCUGCUCUAGAGUCAGCAGUGUUCAGUGACUGUUUUGUUAGUAGUGACAGAUAUGACCUUGUAAUAACAGAGCCAGGAAGAAGUAUAAUGCGCUGUUUACCAUUGAAGGGUGCUCUAAACCCUCAUCUGUUUGUGUGCUAGAGUUGUUUGUUGUCUAGUAGUAGCAUAAUAGUAGGAUCAGAAAGAAGUAUUAUUUGGUAUUUACUUGUUUUUUGAAAGGUGCUGUAAACCCUACCUAUUUGUAUCCUAGAGCCAAAUGAGUUUGUUUUUGUUAAUAGUGAUAGAUACUACCUCAUAAAGGGUUCAGUGAACAUAACACAUUAUUUACAAGUCAUUUGAAGAUUGCUGUGAACCUUCAUUUUCCAUAUGCUUUCUCCAUCUUUCUUUUUUUUUUAGGAACUAUUUCUUUAUUGCAUUUGAUUUUUUAUCAAUAAUAUUUUUUCUCUUAAAAUUGUAAGUUAAUAUAGUGCUAGUUGCCAUAAAUUAAAUCAUAUUUUAUCACACUUUUGUUUCACAAAUCAUUUAUUGUCAUGAAAGGGACAUCUACCCUCUUUAAGGGUGAAGAGAUCUUGUACAACAUAUGUGGUUAUAUUUGUGAUUUGCAUUCAUGAAUGUCCUUCAACAACCCUUUAAGGAGUCUGAUAAUAAACACCUGUAUUAGUAUGACUGAACAAGUUAAUUAUUUUCACACCAUGCUUGAAGUGACAGGCUUGUUUGUUACAUGUAAUUUACCUUUAUAUGGAUAGUGUUAUAAAUACUUAUAUCUGAGGAUGUUCCCACAAAAUUCAAUCAUCACAUUGGGGUCUGUAUAGACUUCCUUUUAUUUACACUCUCUGUGAAGUAAAUUAAAUUUAUGUAGUGCAAAUAGUUGUUUUGCAUUAUAGAUACUUAUAAAGCUACUUAUUUGAUUCAUUGUAUCUUCUUUGUGACAGGCAAAAAAGUAAUUUUUGCAUAAAUCCAGCACUUUACAUUUAUUUGUCGUUUGAAAUGUAAUGCUGUGUAACAAAUAAUGAAUUAAGUUUUUACUGUUGGUAAACUAUAACUAGUGUAGUCUGUUUGCUUAUUUCAGAAGAUUUCAAGGCUCACAUUUAUGCCACUUCUAAAAUUGUCAUUAUAAAAUAUUUAUCUGGAUUCAAGUUAUGUAGCAUUAAGGGAAUAAACAUCUGACUCACA